AUGCGAUCAGAAUCGUUGGGCGAGGAUUUAAUAGCAGUUGCUGCGUGGGGCGCAAUAGCAUUCGAUCACUAUGCUCUGGACCACUGGAAUUAUGAACUGUCUGGCGUGGCAGAUGAGGCCCAGUGGCGUGGGCUUGUGAAGGAAUACCUUGGUAGCUCCGUAAACGCUCGUCAGCCGUACAAAGACAAGGCAAUGAAAGUUAGACGAGACGGGCCCGAUGGUGGCGAGCAGUCGCUUCUCAUAGCCUCGAACAUUGAGCGAGUACUCAAACCUUUCCAGAGCAUAAGAGAAAGAAAUUUGAGUCAGCUCGGCAGCCCUGGAGAUCCGAUCUGGAUACCGACAUGCUAUGAAGAGUCGCUUCACCAGAAGUAUUGUGAGCUGGAAUGGCGGUGCGAAGUGGGCGGCGAUGGCGUUGAUGUGGAAAUGGUAUUAAGCGACGAGAACGUAUACAACAUCAAUGGGGACAUCAAGGCACUUCGUGAACGCAUUAUUGAGCGUCUGCCGGGUUUGUUUGAUCACAACAGCGCACUUUCCGUCGGGCGCCGGGGCGGAAGUACAGGGCCAGCCGAGUCUGAGAACUUGGCGGCGCUCUCUGACCGCAUGGAGACGUUGAUAUACGUGGCAGACAAGGAGAGCGUUUUGCAAAGUUUUGUGAAUGUGCUAUGGUUUGAUGGUUCUGGGCAACUUCUACUGGUGAGCAAGCUUGAACCUGAAGAGUUGGUGGGAAUGACAGCCAUGUUCUCGGACGGAUACUCCAUGGCUGAGGCUGUGGAAGAAAAGUGUCUCGACGAAUUCAAAGCUUCUCGUUCCGAAGCUAAGAAGAGGUCCAAAUCCAAAGCAAAGAUCAAGAGGCCCUCAAAAUCUAUGCAUAAGGCCGCAGAAGAAGGUUCUGAUGCUGAAUGGGAAACAGAAUCUGAGUAUGGUUCAAACUAA